ACAAAAUACUAAAAAAGUUCUUUGAAGAUUCUCAAUCUUUUAUCAACAUCAACAAACACACACAAACAGAAGACUCGAGAGAAGUAAGAGAGAAAGAGAUCUAGUGAUGGGGUGCGACUCCCACGGGAAUCUAACCGAUGCAGAGUUCAGCAAACCUUUACCCUCCAUAGGCAUCUACGUAGCUACCGCUUCACUCAUCUGCGGAGCCGCCAUGUUCGCCGACCUUCUCCACGCCUUCCGCCACCGUAAAUACUGGUUCCCCUGCAAGUACUUCUCACUCAACGCCACAACUCUCACUUUCAUCUCCGUCUGCGUCAAACUCUCUUUAGAUCUCAACACUCCCAUGCCUAGUCGCCAAGACCAGCUCGCCAAGCUCAGCAGCAGCGUCUUCUUCUGCGUCGUGAUGGCCAACUCCAUGCCUUCUCUAGGCUUCAUGGUCACUCGAGACCUCCUCAUGAACCUCGUGGCUCUCGGGAUUCUCGUCGUCACCGACGUCGCCAACAUCUGUAUCCAGCUGGGGACGGGCGCCAUCUACGUUUUCACUCGAGAGCACGCUCUCGUCACCGUUCUAAUGCUUCUCGUGUUUAUGAUCUUGAGCUUCUCCGCGAUCGCGAUUCCCGCCACGAAGCGUUACUUGGAGCUCAAGUAUAAGAAGAAGUACGAGUUCGCUUUGAAGGAGUGUCCUUCGUACGCUGAGAGGAGAAAGGGAGUGCCUAAGCUGAGAGAAGAUCUGAUGAAGUUCUGGAUGAUGGCUCAUACCUCUAGCCCUCAGUUCGUGAUGGCUCGCUCCGUCACGUGCACCGCCUCUGGCUUCCUCUGUUUCUUGAGUGCGGCUGCUUUAGCUGAAGCUAUUGUCAGGUCUUACUUCUUGCAGCCGCGGUCGGUUGGAUUCUGUAACGGAGAGUCUGAUUACAAAUGGUCGACCACUCUGGUUCUAGUCUCUCAGGGGGCUGCAAUAGCCUUUGGAACCAUUGCUCCAGCGAGCAGGUGGUUCAGCGCGGUGAACUCGAGGUGUCCAUCAAAGAAAAGUUUGAGAGAUGAGCUGAGAGUAGAGAGCUAUUGGUUCGAGUGUCUCUCCGAGAAGAGAGAACGUCCCUUGAGCCUUUGGAUGCUCCACGGUCGCCGAAGCAGGAAGCUUGCGCACGACGUAAGCAGAUGGAUGCUUGACGUCUGCAUCGCAACGCAGCGUGGGUUAGUCUUGGCUAGCAAGUUUCUCCGUUUCGUCACUGUUUACUUUGUUAGCAGAAUCUCGUUGUGUUGUUUAUUAUUCACCUCCAAAUUCGAGAGUACUGUCUCAAACUCCGAGUCUUCUUCCUCUUUAUCGACGAGACGAUUUGUUCUCCAUCUUGAAGGAGAGGAGGAGCUGGUGGACUACAUGGCGCGCAGCAACCGCGAGGCGACGGAGCAUUUGAUACAGAAGGGUCGGAAACAGCAGCCUGUGAACUUGAUAGAGCUCUUGGAAGCAGCAGCAACAACUUCAAUCUCGCAAGGGUUUGAAGGGAUUUGGGAUUUCGACAGCGAUGAGGUUGUUUCGUUAGCCUCUGGAGAGCCACCUAAUAGCUGGGCGCUUCCUUUAGUAACACUGACGAGUAUAGCUGUUGCUCUUCCCAACGUAAAGCCUUGCUCUUUGAAGAAGUUAGUGAAGGCUGUGAACGAGGCGUUGGUCUAUGUGAAGAAGUUUGAAGACGUUUUGGACACUGAAGGAGAGUUAGCUAACAGCAGGAAAGCUGCUGAAGUGGUUUGGUUAGGAGUUGAUCUCUACCAUAAGUGGCUCGACGUGGAUCUUCGAAAACUAUCUAAACAACAGAAAACAACAAGACAGGUUCUUGAAGAGAUGGUGGGUUUAGCUAAGAAAGAGUUUACAGAGUUGUGGCAGAAGAAUCUGAUAUUUUGCAUGAAGCAUAAGCCUUCUCACUGGCCCAUCAAGACUCUGGCGGCUAACUCUAUGUACCGAAUCAGCCAAACGCUUUUGAACAAGUACGGGUCGAGAGAUGUUGGAACAGAGGAGGAGGCUCUGUUGAAAGAUGUGGAGAGAAUGGUGUUGGACAUAGUGGCGGGAUGCUUUUGCAACGCGGCGCAGGUGAUCGGGAUGAAGUGUUUGGUGACGGCGGUGGAAGUGAGGGAAGAGUCGGUGAGAGAAGCUGCGAUGCAUCUGGGGAGAACGGAGAAGAUACUUGAGAUUGUGGACAGGAGAUGCAUGCCUGCUUUGUCUCAUCACGAAGUGGCGAAGAUUGAUGAGUGGAGAGAGUUUUAUAGGACCAAUAGAUGCAGCAUUUCUUUGACUCGUCCUUCCUCUCAGUGUACCACACGUGACCUCAUUCUCAACCUUGAGUAGUAACACUUUAAUGUGAAGUCUAUAAAGAGUUGAGUUACCUUUUUGUACAUAUGAUAAUGAAAGCAAUAAUAUGCUUUCUGUGUCGGUUGAUGCUUAAGUCAUGCUACCAGCUUUUCUUUCUUGACAAGUAAUAACGACUAUUCCAAAGCUUGUAUUAUUUAUU